GACAAAGUAAGCAACAUUUUAAAGCGGCAAAAUGUUAUUAUGUCAAAUUCAAUCAUUAUUUUGUAAACCAAACCAAGUUUUCCUAUAAACUACUGUGUAAACCACACAAUUCUGUGAGAUAACAAUAAUUUGUAAAUAAGUAAUCACAAUUCUGAGAAAAUGUCAACAAGAUCAAAUUCAAAAAACAAAAUCCCUUCACCUCCAGUUCAAAAACGUGUAGAAAACUCAUGGAUCUUGCUCGUAAAAGAUUCUUUGCUGGAGAACAAUAACUUCAACAUUGUCACAUUACCUCAUCCUGCAGGUGGAAAGCCUGUAAAGUAUUGUUUAGAUGAUAUAAACAAAAAGAUCUACGAAAUAAUCUCAUAUGAUGAACCUUAUAGAUCUUGGUUUAUUGGAGAAACAGUUAAAUCUGAUGGGAGCAUUCAGAUGUGUACGCCUAUCCACCCCAUAUUUUUAGUAUUACCAAAGUUAAAAGAACAAUGUAGCAGUAGAGCGGUACCAUUAGAAGACUUAUUAUCUGAAAAAGGAUAUGAUAAAAUCCUUGAUUUUGUGCCCAACUUGGACAGUAUAGCAGACUUGAAGGGUUCACCAGAAUUAAAAGCUUAUAAAUACAAUGAAGAGAAGACCAUGUCGUGGUUACAAGAUAGAGUCCGCAAAGUUUCUAAAGUAUUGAGGCAGAAAAAUAUCCAUGUUACUCCUGGAGCCACAUCUGCUACUUUUGUAACCAGUAGUCUCAGUAAUGAUAAUGUGGAUGAAGAAUUCUUCUUAAAAUAUGCCUUUGAAUUAAUAUCCGGGUAUCUACAAGAAGAUAUGGUACAAACAUUAGAAAAAUUAUUCAACUUCAAGCCGGACUUGAUUGAAACAAUUGGUAACAAACGCAAGUCAGAGGUUGAUAGUAAUGGAAUAAACAAGAAAAUGAAACGUGAAGAUUCUGAUGAUAAAUCUGAGAUAAAGAUGGAAGUAACUCCUGACAAGAACACUAACGGAAUUAAAAAAGAAAAGUCACUGACUGCCAAAGAAAAAGCAAUGCAAAAAGCAGCUAGUGGCACAAAGACAAUAUCAUCAUUUUUCAAAAAGAAAUAAGAAUAAUUGUCAUCAAUAAAUAAAUUAUCCAUUUUACAAAAUAAUUACUAUGCAACAUAUUAAAUUAGGCUUCAUGGCUUACUCACGUGACUGCUCGAUAUUGCUUGACUAACAUUAAUUGCAUGACAUUCGAUUCGUUGCACAUGCAUCUCAUGAUUAUGAGCCCCAGUCGAAGUUCGAAACUAUUCGAGCUCCCUCGAACACUUGCGUGAGUAAGCUGUGUAAUCUGAAAUAAAUACAUGAUCAAUACUAUUUUGUUUAUGUAAAUAUGUAAAUGUAUUCACAUGUGUCUUGUUUGUUAUAUCAAUUUAAUACUACAAUAAAAGACUGCAAAUGCUUUGUUUA